AUGGCCACUGUGAGACCCAACAUAUCAUCGGAAAGACAAGAUCAAUUUGGAGCCACUUCUGGAUUAAACACUGGAUACAAUGGAGGAUACAAUAGUAGUCAAAGACCAUCCUCAUAAAAGCCUCAGGAUUUCAAAUAAUCAGUCAGCACCAAAUCCCUCAAUCAAUUUUAUACAAGUGGCACUUUGUAAAAUCAAUAGAGUAUCAAACAAAAAUAUGAAAUCUUUGUACGAAGAUGGGUUGAUUACAGCAGUAAAUAUGGACUUGGGUAUCUUCUCAGUAAUGGUGCUACUGGAGUCUUUUUUAAUGAUUCUACGAAAAUCAUUUUAGAUCCCAAAACUCAAGAAUUUGAAUAUUUAGAAAGAAAAGGCACAGAUAAAUAGGAUGCCAUUGAAAAAUUUUCUAUCAACAGUUAUCCCAAGGAAUUGCAGAAAAAAGUUACACUCCUUUAACAUUUUAAAUCUUAUUUGGAUGCUGAUUCUAAAACAAUUACUUCCUCUGACACCAAUGACUAUGAUCCAUUCCAAUCUGUCUAUGUGAAAAAAUGGAUGAAAACAAGACAUGCCAUCAUGUUUAGACUUUCCAAUAAGAUAGUUCAAGUAAACUUCACUGAUAAAACUGAAAUCAUCUUGUCCUCAGAGAACAAAUUGGUCACCUAUGUUAACAAAUUAGGAGAAAGGAGUCAUUAUCCCCUAGCAACAGCCCUUGAUAGUUAAAAUCAGGAGAUGGCUAAGAGAUUAAAAUACACAAAAGAGAUCCUAACACACAUGCUUAAUGGAAACACGAAUGUCGACAUAAAGAAUCCAGAAUGA